UGCACUGGAUGGCGCCGGGUGGGGAGGGACGGUCGAGGACUUGUCGGAACGUCGGAGGAACGCGCUCACGAACGAGACAGUCCUUCCGCGGGAUUGCGGAUGUUGUGUUGAGGAUUUUUUUCGCGCUUGCGCCUGCGCGUAUCUUAUUCCUUUGACGCUCGUGUCUGUGGAUUUUCACGUGUUAUGUGUGCGCGAACUGAGCUACGAACGAGAUACGCGACGUAGGAAACGCUCGAGGAUAGUUUUCCAAUUGAGAGCCGAGGAAUUACCAACUCAAAGCACGAUCAACUCUCAAUCAUAUCGAUGCACAGAUACACCAAGAUUACAUAAAAAUCUAAAUUUCACGCGUAGCGUUUCUUCCGUAGUGCAAAAAAUCGUGCGGUCUUUCCGAGUGUUUCGCGUCCCGUUCGCCUUCACUGUUUUCGAUUAUUGUCGAAUUUCUACGACUCCAGUCGAAAAAUACGAAUGCUUGAAACGAAUGCUCGCGUUUCGCGUUUCGAAUAGCCGACGACGAGAUCGUUCGCGUUUAAAUGUUUACACGACUGCGAUGCUGCUGCAUACUGAAUCCCGCCAAAUUUAGUGUUUACCAUUGACAACGUGGUUCUCGAACGCGUGGUGCUCAAAUGUGACUGUGAUGCUGAUUGGAACGUCCGGAUGCUCUCGUCCUUCGACAGCCAAUCACCAAUGUUUGUUAUCGAGCGUCAAAUGCCGUUCUAAAUUCCGUACGGACAGACGCGACCACGUCCUUCCGCAUUUCAUAUUCGUGUGUAUAAAUUUGAGAAAAAGCAGAGUCUUAUCAUCAGUACAUGUGAUAAGCGAAGUGAACUGGUCGUGAAAGUUAUUCUUUACCGACGAUAUUUUAAGGGAGCAAGAGACCAUUGUCCUGUGCACUGUGGAAGAAAACGUGCAAAAUUGAUAUAAAAAAUAAUGAUUUGAUCAAAGGAUCGUGAAACUAGCGGGUUGGAUUUUUGAUUGAGAACGGGUAAAGGAGCCGCGAUAAUUUCGCAAUAAAAAGCGCGAUGUACAAACUUCUUCGUCGUGGCUCGGGCCGCAUGCUGGUGUUUUGCGUGAUCGUUCUUUCGCUCCUGUUGUGCCUCUAUUACGUUAGUCAAACUCAACAAACCCCGAGCACUGGUGCUGGCUCAUCGGGAGCUCUUCUUGGACCUGAGGGACCGAGAUACGACGGCAGUGGUGAUGGCGCAGGACCAAACAGGGCUACGACAACCCUGGCGGAAUACAGCGAUCCACCGGACGUCAGAGUGUCAGCGGAUACGUGCCCUCUCGUCGAACCAAGAAAAGUUGAUAUCGAUGCCCAGGAGGAAUUCAAAGAAUUCGAUUUCCAGCCUUCCUGGAUGAGGAGUCGAGAGUAUUGGGACGAUAGCUUUGAAGCACGAUACCUCGAACUUCGAAAGGAUUCAACCAGGCCACGCUUGAAGGUCAUCCUCAUGCCCCACAGUCACACCGAUCCAGGAUGGCUCAAAACCUUCGAACAAUAUUUCCACAGCUCUACGAGAGGCAUCCUCAACAACAUGGUAACGAAACUCCAACAGUGGCCGAACAUGACUUUCAUCUGGAGCGAAGUUUCGUUCCUGUCCCUCUGGUGGGAAAGUGCUCAUCCGACCAAGAAAAUGGUCGUCAAGCGACUCGUCAAAGAAGGUCGUCUCGAAAUGACUACCGGCGGCUGGGUGAUGACCGACGAAGCCAGUUCUCACAUUUACGCGAUGCUCGAUCAACUUAUCGAAGGUCAUCAAUGGCUGAAGACGAAUUUGGGCGUAACGCCUGAAUAUGGAUGGGCGGUCGAUCCGUUCGGUCACGGCGGUACGGUGCCGUAUCUGCUGAAAAAAUCCGGGGGUUCCGGCACGAUAAUACAAAGGAUACAUUACGCUUGGAAACAGUGGUUCGCCAAGAAACAAUACGGUGAUUUUGUAUGGUUACAACCGUGGGACAAAGGCGGUUCGUCGGACAUGUUGACACACAAUCAGCCUUUCGACAUUUAUAACAUAAAGCACUCUUGCGGUCCGCAUCCCCACGUAUGCUUGAAUUUUGAUUUCCGUAAAAUCCGCGGGGAAUACACGGAGUACUCGGUACGUGCGGUCGACAUAACCGUAAACAAUGUCAAGCAAAUGGCGGAGUUACUGCUCGAACAGUUCUCCCGAACCGGUUCAUUGUUCACUCACAACGUCGUGCUCAUGCCACUCGGCGAUGAUUUUCGUUACGACCAUCCGAUCGAGUGGGACCAGCAGUACACGAACUACAAGAUUCUCGUCGAUUACAUAAACAACCGAAAGGACGAGUACAACGCCGAAAUAAUAUUCGGCACGCCGAAGGAUUACUUCGAAGAGAUUGAAAAACGAGUCGAAAAGUUUCCAACUCUCUCGGGUGACUUUUUCGUCUACUCGGACAUCUUCAGCGAAGGCCGGCCGGCCUACUGGAGCGGAUACUUCACCACGAGGCCCUACAUGAAGAUCCUCGAUCGCGAGCUCGAGGCUAAUUUACGAUCUUCCGAGAUACUCUACACGAUUGCAUUGAACGUGGCAAAGCUCAGCGGCAACGACAUCAAGCUGUACGAGACUCACUUCGAGAAGCUCGUCAAAGCCCGGAGAAACUUGGGCCUCUUUCAGCACCACGACGCCAUCACCGGCACCAGCAAAUCCUUCGUCAUGAAGGACUACGCCCAAAAAUUGUUCGAAUCCAUUUCCGACAUGACGAGCCUGCAGAGCUUCGCGUUGCAAACCCUAACGGCAACGAGCACCAACAAACCCAACACGGUUUACAUUCUCCCCGAAUCUGACCGCGACAGCUACGAAAAGCUACCCAAAAAAAUUCCCAUCGCCGUCACCAGCCAAGAGACCAGAAGAAUCGUACUUUUUAAUCCUCUCGCCCAACCCAGACAGGAAAUAAUACGCUUGAAAGUAACUUCUUACAAAAUACGAAUUUUAGAUCCCCUGAAAAACCCAAUCCCCUAUCAAAUAACGCCGGUUAUGAACGCCACCAGCAUCACUCACGACGUCUACGUCGUUCUGUUCGUCGCCGAUUUGAAGCCCUUGACCAUCGCGACGUACCACAUCGAGCAAAUCGACAGAAUCCCAGUCGACGCGAUAUCGACGGUGCACUGCAACAGGUGCGGCAAGGACACGGUCUUCCCCAUAAAACCGAUGCAAGUCGGCGACAUACAGUUGGAGAACAAGCGGAUGAAAUUGGUCUUCGACGGGCAAACAGGCUUUUUGAAGAGAGUCACGAAGAAAGCAAGUGGCAAAAUAAUGCAGUGCUCGAUACAGUUCGCGGCGUACGCAUCGGCGCAGUUCCACAGCGGUGCUUAUCUCUUCAUGCCGGAUCCGACGCUCCGGGAGGCGGACAAAGACGUUUUGGAGGCGUAUACGCCGCACCAAAAAAUUUACAUUGUAUCGGGUCGCUUGAGCGCGAGGUUGACAGUAGAAUAUGGGAAGUUGUUGACCCACCACGUUUCCAUUUAUCUCGACGACGGUCCCCUGGCCGAAGCGAUUUACGUUAGGAACGUGAUCGACUUUGAGUCACCGCCGAAGAAUCGGGAGACCGAAAUGUUCAUGAGGCUACAGACUGACAUCCUGAACGGCGAGCCCCCGGAAUUUUACACCGACCUCAAUGCUCACCAAAUGAUCAAGAGAACUAAAAUCGAUCGAAUCGGCAUCGAGGGCAAUUACUUCCCCAUCACUUCGAUGGCUUACAUCGAGGACGAUUCCCACAGAUUGACUCUCCUCGUAAAUCAUGGACAGGGCGCAGCCAGUUAUCAACCUGGCUGGCUCGAAGUUAUGCUCGACCGGAGAACGCUGUACGACGACUCGAGGGGCAUGGGCGAGGGUCUCCUCGACAAUCGUCGCACCGUCAUGAAAUACUGGAUCUUGCUCGAAGACAUCAACGCUCCUGUUGACCGAUACUCCAAGCCCUCAUUGUUCGCCAAUCACAUGAGCAACGCUCUCAAUUAUCCGGUCAAUAUAUUCGUCCUUGAUGCCACCGAGAGCGAAAUAGCUUUAAGCCCCGAAACGAGAUUAAUCACUCACAGCUUUCCCUGCGAUAUUCAUCUCAUGAACCUGCGAACUAAUCACGAUCAAAAACUUCCACAUUUCCCUGUGAAUAGCGCCCUCAUGGUCCUCCAUCGACAGGGCUACAGUUGCUCCGUCGGUGCUGACGCUUCCCUCAAACAUUGUCCUCUCAACGAUCGACUCACUUCCGGCACUUCGUUCUACAAACUCAGCAAACUUAACGUCACUAAGACUUCGCUCACUGGUACCAAAUAUAAGGAGCAUUUGAAAAAAGGCCUUCAAGAAAUAGCUGUGCAGCCCAUGGAAAUCGAAACUUACAACGUCCAAUUUUUGCACUGAGCUUCGUCCCUCGAUCCUCAUCGACAAUCCUCGAUUUUUCGUUUUUUCUCUCUUCACUGUUCCAACGAUUCGAACCAAGGUUUACGACGAGGAGUGUUCACAGCUGGAAACAAAAACACCGAAUUAUUUUCUAGCUAAUUCCGUCGUGCGGAGGCGCCUCUAGAAGCUGAAAAUUUUUUUAUCAACAUUUUUCAUUACUGCGACAAAGGGAUUGCUCACCACGAAAUAUGACGAUGCCCGGAGCACAUUUUCAUUGUACAUAUCAGCCUCGAAAACGCGUUGCUGUCAACACUUUAAUGGUAAAAACUGACACUAGAUCUAAAACUGAUUAAAUCGAGAUUGCGAGUCUCAUUUUCGGUAGCAAAUGAUCAUGCUUCAAAGCACUUUUUUUAUGACGCUGAAGUCUGCAACGUUCGAGUCCAACGAAAUGAUUUGAAAAAACUGUCGAAUAAUUUCAGUAAAUCUCCAAUUUUGUUCCCUGCCGAAUUUGCAAUUUGUAAUUUUUCAACCCACAUCAAUGAUUAGUGAGUAAAUGAUGAAUUGAAAAUCUUUUUUCCUUCAUUUCGUUGGACUCGAACGAUGCAAACUUCGGCGUCGUUUUUUUUUUAUACGCACGACAUUUGACGCUGACAAAGCUCGUCUCACUUUGUCUCUUCACACGUAUUCUGAGCCUUCCGUCGUUCAAGCCACGUGACAUUAUCCUCUGCGAAACUUAAGGUGCAAUCCUAUCGAUAUAUAACACAUAAAUGUUGUUCUCCGCUUUGUCGUCUCUUCCAUUCUUCCAACACGAUCCUCUUACUGCACUGGGACAGAGCUGGAUAUAUGGAAGCAGGAGAUCCAACGAAAUCGUGGCUCGCAGUGCUAUGAAGUGUGAUUUCGUGAUUUUUCUUUCCACUCUAAUUCGACGAGUCUUCAACACUUUGGUGUAUUUUGUUCGUGCAGACGAAUGAAAGCCAAAAAAAAUGGAAAAUACAAUUUUCCAUUUUUUCCGUUCUCUCUGAACUUGCUAAAGUCAUUUUUUCGGUUAAUUUUUCUUCCACAAUCGGGCAUUUUUCCUUAAAACUAAAAAAUUUGAAAAAUUCUUUGUUUUUUCGUCCAAACCAAAAUUACUUAACAUUUCCGAGGAGAUUCGUUCAACCGGAGUUGAGAGAAGGAAUCCCAAGAAUCUUUUGAAUGAAUUUUCCCAAUUGUAGGCCUGCACACUUUUCGUUUGUCAGUCUCACGGAGCAUUGAGUUUUUUAUUUGGAUACUUUGACACUCAUGACUCGGGUGAGGCGACAGGUCCUGAGAACGAAGGCACCGCGAUGAGAAAUAAAAAACAAUAUUUCGUUCCACAUACGAUGGACCAUACUGUAAAUAAAUUUCCUUCGUACGACUCGAAAAAGCGAAAAAAAAAAACACACACACACACACACACACACAACAAACGGAGACAGCCGCCAAAUAACGAAAAAGUAUAUCGACAGGCACGCCUUAGCGACUUUCAAAACGUUCUUCCAAUCCUCGAAUGAUUCGGCACUGUGUAAUUGUAAGUAUAAUAUAAAUUAUUCACGCUUAAAGCGUGCAAACGUUUUUACUGUUAGAAACAAAGCUCGUAACUCGUUUACGCUGUAAAUAAUAGAAUGAAUUAUUUAUAAAAAAAAAAAACAAAAAAAAAUACAGAAAAAAAAAACUAUGAAUGAGCGUCGGGAAUUCAUGCGUGAAUUAGUGUACGAUCUCAUUUGCGAGUAUUAUUGAAAGAAACGAAGAAAAAUGACAGAAUAACACGAAUUAGGCAAAUUUGUAUCCGGCGAUUGGAACUUUUUUUUUCAACAUUUUUUUUGUUGUUUUCCGAGAGCACUUUUUUAGCGUGCUAUGUUGAAAUAUUGUGACGAUACGUUGACUUUUUUUCUGUGAAAUAUUGUGAAAUAUAUGUAAAUGAGAACAAUUUAUAAAAAAAAAAAGGAAAAAACACAAUAUAAACUUCACCACAAAAAUUCAACGCCCGAUAAAAACAAAUCGCAUUACUGUCUUUUCAAAAGAUUUUUCACGGCUCGUACUAUUUUAUUGAAACAUCGAUGUGUUUCCAUUCGAGCAGAGAUUUCACUCUGCCCACUAAAUUAUGAACAAAAAACAAAUACGUUUUUAAUGCUCUGUUGACUGCGGUGAAGCAUCGAUUUUAUAGAACGCACCCCCUCCCCUCCCCCCGACCGCAUGGGUGCAAGUGAGUUCGUGCGUGCGUAUACGAAUGAAUGUGGAUGUACAUAUAUGUGGUAUGCGACAAACGUAAAUAACAUGAAUUUUGUGGAUAUUAAUGAGUACUUAAAAAAAAACUAUUCGAGAGAAAAAAGAAAAUAUGUUGAGGAUUUGGGGCGUGUGAAACGUGAUGAUUUUUAUUCAAAAUUCUAUGAUUGUGUUCUCGUAAAAGAAUGUUCAUAUUAAAAUUUAUAUUUCUUGGAAAAAUCGAUAAAAUUAUGAGCCACGUUCGUUAUUAGAGGAUUUUCCGAAUUCUUUUCGAACGGUGGGUCGACCGAGGAAGGGGGAAACAAAAUAAUGAUAAUCAAAGUGGUAAACAAAGAUCUUACCGAAAAAUUGAUUGUGAGAAUCCCGUUGCAGCUCGAAAGACCGAGAAUCAUCUAUUCGGAAACUGUAGAUGCGAAAGAUUUUUUCAAAAGUACUCAUUUCGAGGUCGGUGCAGAGAAAAAACGGUUUUUCUUCAUUUUUUUUCUCCAUCGUUAUCUCAUGCUCCGUACCAAUGAUUUGGGAAAUUAUCUUUCGUCCCGAAUAUCCGUCAAACUUAGCGCAGAAAAACGUCCAAAGUGGAGAAAGAAAAUUCAGCAUCUUGGAACUGUCACGAAGAUUGAUAUUCGGUUAAAAUAAUUCCGGAAAGUUGCAGUAAUUUUUAUAUUUUAAAAGAAUUAAUCGAAAAACCAGGAAUUUGACACACGUUUUUCAAAAAUGGUUUAUGUUAUAAUCAUGCAAUAAUCUCAGGCGUGGAACGAACACUCUCGACGAUUGCAUCCAGAAAAAGUAGAAUUACCAACACAAGUUAAUCCUGUCGUGGUUGCUAGUCAUACCAAUGUCCGUAUUCAAUUCUUAGGCCUAAUACAAUGCUUGACAUUCGUAAGAAUAAUACUUUUCAGUGAAAAAAUUUGUGUCUAUAAAAACCAGUUAUUACGUAGUUGAAUAUAAUUGUAAAACUGAAAUAAUAGUUAUUCCAUUGGCUCGCGUAGUAUACUCGACUACGCCGACACACACACGGUUUAACCUCCAUGUUUACAAAGUGUCAAAACAAUGGCGAUGUAAAGGCACAUGAUAAAUAUUGUGUCGGAGAUCCAUUUCAACUUAUAUUACAUAAAAACUAGACCGAAUAUUGUUGUUUUUCUGAGACUAUAAGCGACAAAUUUGGAGUUUAUAAAUUGUGAUCGAAAAUUGGGUAUUCCGGUCACUCGUAAAUUCGUCGCACUGAACCUCGCCCUCAAAUAAUUUUCGAUUCUUGAAAUCGGUCGAUAACCCGCCCUGAAUUUUCGAGAGAACGCUCAGUAAUAAACGAAUAAUGGUCUUCAAUAUUUCUGUGCGAAUCCUACCACUUAAGCAUCAACCACGACAGAAUUACCUCAAAAGUCCGUAGAUUCAUAAAUAUUCCAAAGAAUUUAUCCAUAUUUCGGACCGCAGGAAAACUCGAUCAAUUUUUCAAUAUUUUUUUCGUACUCUUGCCAUUCCGGAUUAAUGGUUCAGGCUCAUUUUAGAUCGUGAGUAUUAAAGACCCAGAGAAUAUUCAGUAGUGAUUAUACAUUUCAAAGUUUUUGAAAAAGGAAUGAGAAUAAACGGUUUUUUCCGUUCCACCGACUUCUGCUUGUGAUUGGAGAUUCUACCACGAAAACAACUGUCGCUGUAACGAUACUGUAUAAUACUGUGUUUUGUGCUGUCUAUAGAAAAAUGAGAGAAUGAAAAAAUAUAAAUAAAAAUCUUCUAUACAUAUAAUGUAUACUUGAAAAAGGGAAUAUAUGUAUACAUAUGUAUAUUCUUAUGAUUUAUCUGACUUCGAACGAGAGCGUCGUUGAUCCUACAAAUGUGAAAUUUCCGGAUGAAGUUCGAGGUUAGAACGAAAUCUAAAUAAAUAAAUAAAUAUAUAUAUAUAUAUAUAUAAUUUGCGAUAAUUACACGAUACUCUUUACGUUACAGUGUAACAACAUAUUUAUUAUUAUAAAAAAGAACAAAAUGACGAAAACGAAAAAAAAUAUGAAACGAGAAUGAGAAACGGAAAUAAAUAAAUGAAGAUAUCACGGUCGUAUUUUA